CUUCGACGUCACCAGAACCUCGAGCCCCCUGCAUGCAAAUCACGUCUGCGCUCGCGCCUCUCCAUUGGCCGCCUCGCGCUCAUUUAGCUGCUGUCAGAGCGCGCGGUCCGGGCACGCUCCGGUAACUUUUCCCCAGUGAGGCGCAGCUUCAACCAAAGUCCGCUCCAACUAGUCCUUCCCAUUCCUCCCAGCGCCGCGGAGGACACGCAGGAGGAGGACGCUGCAGCUUCAUCUCUGAGUGGAUUUCAGUCACUUCUUCCCCUCCGCAGAUUUUUUUUUUUUUUUUUUUUUGGGAGGCUGAAUGUUUCUGCGUGCUUGACUUUGUCCUACAAAGACGAGGUGAAUGUACAGCAUCAUGAUGGAGACGGACUUGCAUUCCCCCGUGGUGCCCCAGACAAACCCAUCUAACCCGGGGGGACAUGCGGGAGGGGGAGGCGGGGGGGCCGCGCUGAAGGUCCCCCAGGAGAGGAUCAAGAGACCCAUGAACGCCUUCAUGGUGUGGUCCCGGGGCCAGCGGAGGAAAAUGGCACAGGAGAACCCCAAGAUGCACAACUCGGAGAUCAGCAAGCGGCUGGGCGCGGAGUGGAAGGUGAUGACCGAGGCGGAGAAGAGACCUUUUAUCGACGAGGCCAAGCGGCUCCGGGCCAUGCACAUGAAGGAACACCCGGACUACAAGUACCGCCCGCGGAGGAAGACCAAGACUCUGCUCAAGAAGGACAAGUACUCUCUCGCCGGCGGACUCCUCGGCUCGUCGCCGGGUGUGGGGAUGGGCGGCGGGCAGCGGCUGGAGAGCCCCGGAGCGGGCCAUGUGGGCGCCGGUGCGGGCUACGCCUCGCAUGUGAACGGCUGGGCCAACGGGACGUACUCGGGUCAGGUGGCGGCAGCGGCGGCCGCGGCUCACGCCAUGAUGCAGGAGGCGCAGCUGGCGUACACUCAGCACCCGGGCAGCGGGGCUCACCCGCACCAUCACCCGCACCACCACCACCCGCAUCACCACCCGCACAACCCGCAGCCCGUGCACAGGUAUGACAUGAGCGCGUUGUCUUACAGCCCCAUCUCAAACUCUCAGAGCUACAUGAGCGCCUCUCCGCCGGGCUACGGCGGCAUCACCGGCUACAGCCACCAGCACCAGAGCUCCGGGGUCUCCCCCGUGUCCGGGGCCAUCGGAGGGACCCUGGGCUCGCUCGUGAAAUCCGAGCCGAGCGUCAGCCCGCCGGUCUCCACGGGGCGCGCGCCGCCGCCGUGCUCCACGGGAGACCUGCGGGACAUGAUCAGCAUGUACCUGCCCACCGGCGAGGCGGCGGGCGGCGACUCCGUUCAGAGCAGACUGCAUGUGCUCCACCCGCAGCACUACCAGAGCGGGGGCCCCGCUCCGGUGAACGGGACGGUCCCCCUGACGCACAUUUAAAAACGUCCCCAAGAACUGCACGCGCUGCAAACACAACCAAAUAUUUCCACUCCACGCGGGCUCCAGCUGCUGAUGGACUCUAAAUUCUGGGCGGCUCCAGUCAUGAAAAUGCAAUCACUUUGAACAAACUUUUUUUUAGAAAAAAAAAUCGUUGUUAUUUUAAAUCUCUUACAAGUGAUGGAUCUUUUUGUCUGUCCAAGCUAAAAAAAAAAAAAAAAAAAAGGGGGGGGGGGUGAAAAGCGCCUCAGCUUUACUGUCGCUCUCUGGAGCAGAGCAUGCCAACAUCUGACGCAAUUUAAAUCAUAAUCCGUACGUGCUGGUGCAAUUUGAAUUUUAGUUUAUUCUCCGACAUUUCGGUGGAAUUGCAGACACCAGCCGAGUGUUUGGAGGAUGUUUUUAAAGCGUAUAAUAAAUGCAGAGCGGUGUGGAGAAAGAAAGAGAAAAAAAAAAGUUCCCGGCCGCAGUUUAAAUUGAUUUCCAGUUUUGAUGCUUGUAAACAUGUGAAUCGGUGUAAUUUGAAUUUGUUCCUGUUAUUGUAAAAUCUUGUAAAUUGUGAAUAAAUAGGCCUAGUGGAGAAAAAAAAACGCUUUUAUGCAACUGUAUACAUAAUUUACAGAAAGCAAAUCUACGUUUUGCAGCUGAAGACGGAGCAGAGCUGAGUUUAAUAAAUUUUCCAAGAUUUCUUUGUCUCUUGGAGAAACCUUA